CGUGGCCUGCGGGGAUCACGUGCCUCUGCUCGUUGCGGCGGAGCAGCGCGCUGCGCUCAGCUCUUCUCCCUUCUUGCUUCUCCCGACGGCUGCAAUGAAUCCGUUCUUCCUUUCAGGAGCGCUGCGUGCUGGAACAAAGUUCGUCUCGUUCCUCCGGACGCUUUGGUCUCUCAUCGUGUUCAUCGUUUGCAGUUUGGGAGUUGUAGGGAUAUGGAACCAGUUCCUGGCACUGCUGGAGAUCUCUGCCUGGCAGCCGUCCCUCCCGCUGCGAGCAGCCGAUCUCACACGCAGCUCCGUGCUCAGGCUGCUUUCCGGGUUCUCUGCUCAGUUCUUUACGCCCGUUUGGAAUGCCGAAUCGGGGAUCGCGUUGUCCAUCCUCCUGAAUGUCUUCCUCUCCAUCCUUCUCAUCUACUUCGUGUGCAAGAAGUCUCCUAAAGCAGAGAAUGCUGAGCGGCAGCAAGAAUGGGGAGGCUUAGGACAGGACUUGGGGGCGUCGGGACCCCCGGCGUCAUCGCAUGUGGAACAGAGAGGAGAAGAAGAAGAAGUGGAAGAAGUGGAGGAAGAUGCAGGGCAGGGACCGUCAUCAACAGCACCGCCAUCGAGAGCAGCAGCGGAAAGAGCUGAGAGCCACGGAGAGGAGAGUGAGGAGGAGGAAUUCGCUGUUAGCACUGCUCGCCCAGCUCGGGAGGUGACUGAAUUCCACGGCUCAAGAGAGGAGUUUGUACGGCACCCAAACGAAGCUGUUGUCACCUGGCUGCUUCGCUGUUGGGACAGCGGGGCCAGCAGCGUGCUUCUAGAUGGAAACGGGGCUCGCCAGCUGGGCAGCAUUGCCGGAGACUCAGCUAUUGACAGAGGGAUCAGUAGAUGUCUGCGCGGAGUCACCACCCUCUGGGAACGAAUGUUACUGGCCGUGAAGGAAAGGCAUCCCUUCAAAGAUGAUCUGGAGCCUGAAGUGAAAAGGUGGAAGACUCUUAAAGAAGGUAUCCAGUAUUUGAGAGAGACGGCCGUGGUGGAGAUGUUGUGUGACCCCAUGUUCGUCCCCAAUGAUCCACGCCCGAACCGCCGUGAUCCUGAGAAUGUGAGGAUCACGUCAGAUGUUGUGUGGAAUCUCACAAGAACAGCACCAGAAAGGUACCUGGGUGUGCUGGCAUCGAUGUCCCAUAGGUACGAGAAGCAACAGAGGAGGCCCCCCGUGUUUGAACUGAUUAUUAGACUUCAGAUCUUUGAACAACAACUACUUCUAUUCCACGGUUACGUUUCAGCCACCUCAGAAAUAACAGAAAGAAUGGAUAAAGCAGAGAAGAGGAUGGAUAAGGUGGCAGGUAACAAGGAGAGGAAACAGGGCGGCAUGCCAGAGGAAGCGUCCCUGUCAGUGAAUCGUGGUGAACCUGUGGCAGGGUCAGAAACAGCCAACGAAGAUCAGGACCUAACGAGUCUGCUGAAGGAGCUGAUCACACUGAUUAAAAGUGAUGAACCCUCCUCCUCACCUGCGCCACCCAAAAUCUCAGCUAUCAAUGGCAAACGCUCUCCCAUGCAAGCAAACGACAGCAGUAGAUGUAUGGCACGUGCUGCCUUGUGGAGUUACUUACGUGAGCAUGGAGAAGACAUGAAGGAGUGGCGUAAAAAACCCACGGCUGCGCUCCGAGCUCGGGUGAGAGAAUUACAGCAGAGAUCAACCAGCGUGCGACUGCUCCACUUACUGCAGCUGAUUCGUGGCCGUGACACACGUGCUGCAAUUCAACAAGGCAAGGGGAUAAAACCUCUGAUGGGAGAAGGCGAUGGCAAAAUAUGAAUAUGGGGAGGCGUGGCAGGUUGACUCCUUCACCUUGUCACGAACCCAUAAAGGUAAGCGUUUUGUGCUCACCGUGGUGGAGGCAACCACUGGUGCUGUGAAACGUCUGCAGUACCCCAUGCUGGCGCCCGAAACACCAAGUGGGGUCUGGAGAAACAAGUGCUGUGGUGACGUGGCAGUGCAGGGAGAAUGGAGUCAGAUAACGGGGCUCAUUUCAAACAUUCCCUUGUGGAUAUUUGUGCCAAAGACGAUGGCGCUGAGUGCAUUUAUCACAUCCCCUGUCAUGCACAGCUUCUGGUAAGAUCAGACGCUGCAAUGGGUUGUUCAAAACCACGUUGAAAGCAGCGGGUGGUGGAACAUUGCAGCUCUGGGAGAAGCAUUUGGCAGAAGCCCCCUGGUUGGUCAGUACCGGAGGAUCUAUUGAUCGUGCUGGCCCUAGCCCAUGCAGCUCCCUGCGUGCUGCACGGGGAGAUGAGGUCCCUGCAGUGCAUGUAAAGAACGCGCUGGGCAAAGCGGCUGGGGGCCUUCCAGCCUCCGGAAAGGGCAGAGCUGUCCGUGGGGCUGUUUGUGCUCAGGGUGCAGCUGUGGGUGACGGGAAUGGGGCUGUGCAGUGCGCACCAAGGGAAUGCGCUGCUGAAAGGGGGAGCGCGGCCAGGAUCCCACGUCUGCGUGUGCGUUUAACGCGAGUUAAUUGUCGUUUGUCAACAUGAGGCGGUGCUGUGGGAUCAGGGCUGCAAUGUGACGGCUCUGCGAUGUUCGUUAUCAGGGCUCCACAUCACAGCGCCGUGCAGCGCAGCGGCAGUGAAGGAGUUCGGGCCGCAGUUCCGGCACGGCGGAUAUUUGCGGCUCUGCGGGGCGCAGAGGAGCCGAACUGCAGCUCCCAGCGCCGGCCCCGCUGCGCUGCUCCGCCCGGAGGGAAGGCGGCGCGGCUCCGAGUCACGUGACGGCGCGGCUCCGAGUCACGUGACGGCGCUGUCUGCCGCCGCUCCGCCGGCUCCGGGCGCUCGUUGAUUUCAUUCAUCAGCCGCAAUCCCAACUCACUUCUGUUUCUGCUAUUAGCACCCGUUAAUUAACUUUCCUUCUGAGAUGGUGGACCCUGGUUUUCGUUUCCUUCUUUUCCUCUUUGUUCCCUCCCUGGUUUUGGCCCUGAGGCUCUGCUGUCCCGGUGCCGCAGUCCCAGACGGAUCCAGAGAUGACUCGGUGACGGUCAGUGCUGGCCCAGGGGCUGCAUGCAUCCUGGGUAUGGAUUACCUCGGGAGGGUGAAAGGUGAGACGGGCCCCAUAAGUGAAAGUCAAAAGGCAAGAAGGCUUCACAGUGACUGAGAAUAAGGGGGUGAAGGGGAAUAGUUAGAGAUAGUUGAUAGAGCAGGAAUGUAGAGAAGAAACCGGUUUGGGGGAUGCCCCCCCUGAAAGGCCAGGAGUUGACAGCAAAAAUGGUCAGAAGCCUUUGCAAGGAAAACAACAAAUCUUCAUCCCACGACCCGCUAUCCACACACAAGAGGGGAGGGUGUGCACACUAAUGAACUGUCGGGGUGUAAUGAAUAUGGAUCCGAAUCCAGGGAAAACUAUUGAUUAUGUAUUAGUUUCGCCUAUAUCUGUAGCACGAUUUCUCUAGACGGUGUGCAAGUCAGGCGGAUCGAUGCCCCUUGCACCCAGUGUCUGCGCAGCACUGAAUAAACCACACCUGCUUGGUAAUCUUA